AUGACGCAGUUAUUUACCACCUCGCAUCCGUCUCCCGUGCCGUCAGAGAAACGCAAUUUCCAUGGCCUUUCCCUCUCCUCCAAGAAACACAACGCUAACAGCAAUGAAUCAUCAACAAACCAUCUUCCUUCUAAGAUCAAGAAUUUCUUCCGUAUCAACACUUCGAGCUCGAAUAAUAAUGUGGCCGCAAACGGCAGUGGCCACAGCUCAGAACAAGAGUCGAAGGAAAACAUUGCUUCCGGCAGCCAUCACCAAAAGUCGGAUUCGAAAUCCAAUAACAGACAAUCCCGAUUCUUGCCUGUCAUCGGUCGCAAUCGAUCGACCACCGUCGCAAGCGAAGGUAACCCUCUGGAUGACAGCGUUUCGCCAACGGCUCAUGCCAACCCCUACUUCGCUCACCAGGGUCAUCCUGCUCUGCGCCAUCGCAAUGAAGGGUCUCUCCCCUCGACACCGCCAGAUGUGCCUGAAUUACAGGUCCAAGGAAUCCCUGCCGUGGACCAGGCGACUACUGCCGGAAAAGAGGAACUAGCACGAAAGCUUCGCCGAGUGGCAUCCGCCCCCAAUGCCCAAGGACUCUUCGCUGAUGGGCAGUCUGGCGAGCGGCCAAGGACAGCAGAGUUGGGUAAAGAACCGUUGGUGGAGCAAGGAGGGAACGACCCCAAAGUCGGUCUUCCAGACUCACCGGAGGUCCUCGCCGUACCUGGUAUUGGACCAGAUGGGAAGAUUCCUUCUCCCGGUCAGAUUAGAGCAGCAUCCUCUGGUGCUUUCCGCAGAACUUACAGUUCGAAUUCGAUCAAAGUGCGCAACGUGGAAGUUGGCCCAGGGAGCUUUGACAAGAUCAAAUUGAUUGGCAAAGGAGACGUCGGCAAGGUUUAUCUUGUCAGGGAGAAGAAAUCAAAUCGACUCUACGCUAUGAAAGUAUUGAGCAAAAAGGAGAUGAUCAAACGUAACAAGAUUAAGCGGGCACUGGCGGAACAAGAGAUCUUGGCCACGAGUAAUCAUCCUUUCAUUGUGACGCUAUAUCACUCGUUUCAGUCAGAGGACUUUCUGUAUCUCUGUAUGGAGUAUUGUAGCGGUGGGGAGUUCUUCAGAGCCCUGCAGACUCGUCCAGGAAAAUGCAUCCCCGAGGAUGAUGCCCGAUUCUAUGCGGCAGAGGUCACAGCCGCUUUGGAGUAUCUUCACUUGAUGGGUUUUAUAUAUCGUGAUUUAAAGCCCGAAAAUAUUCUUCUACACCAGUCCGGUCAUAUUAUGUUGUCUGACUUUGAUCUCUCGAAGCAAUCGGGUCCUGGUGGAGCUCCUACAAUGAUCCUAGGACGCAAUGGAAACGGACCAUCGUCACUGCCUACCAUUGAUACAAAAUCAUGUAUCGCCGACUUUCGAACGAACUCGUUCGUGGGGACAGAGGAAUACAUUGCUCCUGAAGUGAUUCAAGGUUGUGGUCACACGAGUGCCGUCGACUGGUGGACUUUGGGAAUCUUGAUUUACGAAAUGUUGUAUGGUACCACGCCAUUUAAGGGCAAAAACCGAACCACCACGUUCUCCAACAUUCUUCGAAACGAAGUGCCAUUCCCUGAACACGGUGGAGCCCAACAGAUUUCUAAUUUGUGCAAAGGUAUUAUCAGAAAACUGCUCAUCAAGGAUGAAACGAAACGCCUGGGAGCAAGAGCAGGUGCCUCUGAUGUUAAGACACAUCCUUUCUUCCGGCAAACAUCGUGGGCUCUGAUCCGUCAUAUGAAACCACCGAUGAUACCUCACCAAGGACGAGGUAUCGACACUAUCAAUUUCCGCAAUGUCAAAGAAAGUGCUAGCGUUGAUAUUGGAGGGCCAGCAAAAGAGAUGAAAGGCGUCCCAUUGGACUCUGGUCUUGCCACUCCUAGUGGAGAAGUCUCUGAUCCAUUUGAAGAAUUCAACAGCGUUACCUUGCAUCACGAGGGUGACGAAUAA